UCGCGGACGGUCCGCAAGUCGUCAUGUCUGCUCUCCGCCUCGUCUCUGCUGCUGCCCGCAGGGCGCCCCGAUCCUUCGCCACCGGCCGCCGUGGCUACGCGGAGGCGGCCGACAAGAUCAAGCUCUCGCUGGCCUUGCCCCACCAGUCGAUCUUCAACUCAGCGGAGGUCGUCCAGGUGAACCUGCCCGCCGCUACCGGUGACAUGGGUAUCCUCGCAAACCACGUCCCCACGAUUGAGCCUCUUCGCGCUGGUGUCGUUGAGGUGCUCGAGCCCGGAAGUGCUGCGAAAAAGUGGUUUGUGUCUGGUGGUUUUGCCACCGUCCACCCGAACAACACGCUCACCAUCAACGCCGUGGAGGCUGCGCCGCUGGAGGAAUUCUCGGCUGAGGCUGUCCGUGCCAACCUGCAGGAGGCUCAGCGUGUUGCUGGGGGCAACGGUUCGGAGGAGGACAAGAUGGAGGCACGCAUAGAAGCCGAUGUGUAUGAGGCGCUUCAGCACGCGCUCAGCGCACGGUAAACGAAUCUUGAGUACACGUAGCGUAGACACUGCAUGAAGAGCGCAUUCUGUCUGUACCGUUGAGUGAGGCUCGUGCCAUGACUUCCUCGCAGGAGCCAUUUGUUGGA